CGUAAUGUUAGACCUAUAUCUUAAAAAGGCAAGCGACUCGAAUUAUAUAGGCCAAGCGUGAUAAUGAUACUGCGAAAAAGCGAGAGUGCAUCAAGUCAGCAGCGUGUCAAUUAAUCCGUGGCCUGCUGUACAAUAUUUGCGCGACAAUGAAAAUUAAACACAUAAAUAUUGCAUAGAUGUGACAAGCAGAUGUUACUCAUGUUAUAAGAGCACAUAUAGAAGUAGCAAAAAAAAUCGUAUUGAGUUAGGCAUAUGCGAAAUAUGCACGUAAUCUCAUAAACACGCAGAUAAUUUAGCAUGCUGUUGUGUUUCUGUUUGUGUAAUGUUUCUUAUGUGUAUAACACCAACAUAAUAAUAGACAUAACCUACUGUUUGUCUGUCAAUUGUCGUAGGAUGUGUAACAUAAUCAGUGGUGGAUAGAUAACUCUCGCUUAUCUAGUCUUCGAUUUUCCAACUUUUUAUUUCUUUCUCUCAGUGCUCGCAGGUGCAAUCUCUGUGUCAUUUUAGGCACAUCGAUAAGUCGUAUUGAAAUAAUAAUGUGCAUAAACAAUCAUGGAGCAGCAGCCGGAGCCGCAAUGCUGCGUUAAGGAGCUCGAUUUGACGUUGCAGCCUCGGAUAGCACCCCGUUAUAAAACCUGGUUGCCACUUGCGACCCAACAGCUUCGAUUAAGGAAUUUAAUUCAAAUUAUUGGGCAUAAGCUUGAACAUGAUCAGCAAGAAAACUGCUGGUACUAUUACACUAUUCAUAGGACAUGUAUGUCAUCGCCUUUGUAUACUAGCGAACCAAUUGAUAACUCUAGUCCAAGAUGGUCAAGUCUGGAAGUUUCUACUUUACAUGGAACUGGUCAUGCUAAUUCUAGUGAAAUUAUACUAAGGCUAUGGAAAAGGACUCUAAAAGAUGAUCCAUCAUCAGAUGUCACUGUGUUUACUUGGGGUAUAUCUUUUACUGGAUUAGCUUACAUUAGUCCAAAAUUACCCAAUGAUUUGGAUAAUAUUGUACAUGACAAUACCCUUAUUUUUCACAUUCACGGUGGAUUUUUUGUACCACCAUUUUGUCUGCUAAUUGUCCCAGAGCCCAAAAAACUCCUAACUAUAAAAGUUAAUGCAUUUGAAACAAGGGAUAGUUAUACUCUAAGUAAGCUAUGCAAUUUAAGAAACAAAAUGCAAGCUUUGAAAAAACAAACAGAUUCUGUAAAUAGUUUGAAAGAAAAAAUAGCGUCUGGAGAAAGUUUAAAUAUUCAGAAGUAUCCUCAGCCUCAAUCAAAGCUGAAUAGAUUACUACAACCUAAGAAAGUAGAUAGAGAGAAAAAAGCUGAAAUUUUAAAAAUCAAAAAAGAUUUAGAAAUUGCAAAAUUUAGAACAAAAUUAUUGGAGCAGGAGAGAAUAAGAAAAAUGGGUGAAAUUCGUACAUUGAAUCAGUGUCACUCUGAAUUGAUGGAAGAAAAUCAAGAUCAUGGUUCAGAUCUAAUGGGUAGAUACAGAGAUUUAAAUAAAGAAAUUGAAAGGCUUCAUGAGUGGCGCCAAAGUCAUGCAGAUACUAGAGAAAUAUAUUUGCAAACAACUGCCUGUCUCGCUCAUCGUAGAAGGCAAUUAAUUGCUGCAUUAAAUUAUAUAUAUCCUAUCAGUAAAGAACAAGAUGAUAAGUUUUUAAUAAAUAAUGUUCAUUUGCCUGAUAGUGAAAAAUUGGAAAUGGCAAAUGAUACUCAAGUAGCUGUAGCUCUUGGUUUUGUUGCUCAUACUACUCAAAUGAUUGCAACCUUUUUAGAUGUACCCAAUAGAUAUCCUAUAAUCCACUAUGGAUCUCGGAGUAAAAUUGUUGAUCAUAUUCAAGAACAGCUUCCAGACCCUAAUCGACAAUUUCCACUUUUUGCUCGUAGUAAAGACAAGCUUCAAUUUAAUUAUGCUGUGUAUUUAUUAAAUAAAAAUAUAGCUCAAUUGCGUUGGUAUUGUGGACUUCCAACACCUGAUUUACGUGCCACUUUACCUAAUCUUUCAGGAUUAAUAAAUAUUAAACCAAGUCAUAUAUUGGAUAGUUCAAAAAGAACAUUUUCUGGCUCUUCAUUAGAUAUUGAUUGUGGAAAUAAUAAAAAUAUACCUCUCACUCCACCAAUGCAUAAAGCAGUGUUAGAAAAAUCUCAUAAAACAUCUCGAUCUAUGAGCCACUUUAAAGGUAAUAAAAUUUUACUUGGCUCAUCACUUGAUCAAGGUUUGAAUCAACCAUCCAUGCAGUCACAUAAUUUAAUGAAACAAUCAAAGAGAAUUUGCAAAUCUGAGGAAAGUGCAAUUGAUAAUGGAAUAUUACCUGAUAACAUGUGUAAUAACAGUAGUGAUGAAAUUAUUGAUAAAACUAUUUUUGAUGAAAAAUUGAAUUCCCUAGAAAAAUGUCAAAAUAAUGCAAAUGAUGAUGCAGCAAAUAGUAGUGCAAUUGGAGAUGAUGAUAUUGAAAUAAUGAUACCAAUGUCAAUAUCAAAAUCUCAAAUAUGUUCGGAUAAUGUUAAUAGUUUUCAUCCUACAAAUGUCAGACAAAGAAGUUCUAAUUCAAUAAGCAGUUGUGAAAUGGCUCUUAGUGGUAUAAUAGAUGGAGAGGAUAGUUCUAAUGGAAAUUCAUCCAUGAAAAAUGAAGAUACAUUUGAUGGUGUUAUUUAUAAAAAUAAAAAUGUACAAAGUACAGAUACCAAAAAUUAUUCAGUUGAUGAUACUGAUAACAAUGUAAAAAUUGUAACUAAUACAAUUCAAGUAGAAGAAAUAGAAAAAGGUCAAGCAAUUUGUAAAAACAGAUCUAAUUCAAGUUUAGAUGAUUGUGAUAAUAUACAGAAUAGUUCUAAAAAAAAUAUAGAAGAUAGCUCAGUGUUACCUUUAAAAUCAGAAAUAAAAUGUGAUAUUCAAACAAGGCAAGACCAAGAAAACACUCAGGGACACCUUGACCAUCCUUGCACAAGUGAGCUAGAAGCUGCUGUUCAAAAUGAUGAAGAAAAAUCUUGUGGUUUAGAGAAAAAUAAUGAAAUGAAUGCAAGUAUAGAUGCAGCAAAAAGUGUGACUAACAAGCAGGAUCUUACAUCAACAGAAUAUAUGGAUUCAAUAAGAAAAAGUUCUGAAAAUGUCUAUGCACGAACAAAAGCUUUAGAGAAUAAAACUACGAGUUUCAAGAUGAUUAGACCUCGCUUGUGAACAUAUGAAACCAUCAUUUUCAAAAAGUAUUGCAUUACACCACUUAUAAUUAAUAUAUAGUUAUAUUUUAUUUUAUAAAAAUUA